AUGACAAGUUCUACGGUUUCUCUGUACCUGGACCCACAGAUACGUGAUUGGGUCCUCUUCCCAAUCACAGUCGUCAUGAUUCUAGUGGGCAUCCUGAGACACUAUAUCGUCCUCCUGCUUCAAUCACCACCGAAGAAACAGCCCCGUGCAGCCAUUCGCGAACAACGUGCUCUCAUACGUUCUCAAAUUCUCCGCACAACGUCUGCAAAUUCUCCCUUGCCGCAUCAUUUGUAUCACUCUAUUUCGCAGCAUCUUUCGCAGGCAUUUGCGGACGGAUCUUACUUGAGAGAUGGUCCUCCUAAGGGCGACUCACCAGCCGCUCCACCAAAUCCUUUGUCUGAUCCGAGUCAAAUGGAUGGCAUGAUGGCAGGAAUGAAGACCCAGAUGGUUAUGAUGGUCCCACAAAUGGUCAUCAUGGGGUGGAUAAACUUCUUCUUCCAAGGCUUUCUCCCCUUCCCGCUCACAUUAGGUUUCAAGUCGAUGCUGCAACGCGGUGUGGAGACUCCGGACAUGGACGUACGAUGGGUCUCGUCGCUUUCCUGGUAUUUCCUGAAUUUCUUUGGUUUGAACGGUCUCUAUCGUCUCAUCCUUGGAAACGAUAAUUCUGCUGAUUCAUCGCGUGACAUGACCACAUCAUUUGCUGUUGGUGCUACCCCACAAGCCCCGCAAGCACAAGACUUUAACAAGCUCUUCAACGCAGACCGAGAUAAUCUAGCAUUUGCAGAGGGCUUGUACAAUUGGGUGGGUAAAGAUAUAGAGGGCCGAAUUCUAAAGAAGUAUGGUCGACUAUAG